AUGAGUCCUAACGAGAAUAUGAAUGAUGUUCAAGAAAAAAAGUAUAUCCUCAUGACUUUAAAAGAAGAAUGGGAAAUAACAGAAAAAAAUUUAGCAGCCCGGAGGAGUUUAACGAUAGCACAUCUUGCUGUAUCGAUAAUCACAAUAAUUAUUGGAGUAUUCUUACUUUUGAUUGAACAACGUAAAAAUACUGAUAAAAUUAUAAAUAUUGUGACAUCGGGCGUUACAGCUACCGGUGGCAUCCUAGCUCUCAUAAAAAUUAUUGGAGAACAUGUUAUGUCAAAUAAAGACAAUAUCAAAACAUUGAUUCAAGCUACUAGAACUCGUAUUAAUGCACUUAUUAAGCGUGAAAGAGAUAUUGGUAUAUUGUUCGCCAUUUUGGCGUCUUGUUACGUCAUCGUUUUAGCUACCAUCUCUAUUUUAAUCAAUAUCGGUUAUAUUGAUCGUACCAGUACAAAUGCUGAUCGAUACUUGGCUUUAAGCAUCAUUUUUAUCGGAGGAGCAUGGUUUAUGAAUAUAGGUUUAUCUACUUGCGAACGUUUCGUCGAGUACGCAUGCAAUAUUCAUUGGGGGGUCAUGGAUCUAGAUGACCCGAUUAAUUUGGAUAAUUUAGAUCACUAUGAUAUCCGUUUUAAGGGAAUUUGUUGGAGAAUUGGUUUUGCAAUACUUUUUAUACCGAUGAUAUUUCUCAUCGGACCUCUGUCAAAUUAUUAUUUUUUAAUGCAAAGAAUGUACUUAAUUGAAUGGUCGAUGAAAAUUGAUAAAGUGAAGUUUUAUGGAAAUUCAGAAGAAAGGGAAAAGUGUAGAUUUAAGUUCAUAGAUCAUAUCAAUAGUUUCACUUACUUUUCAAAAGUGUUUUUAAGGCAAAAAGGUGAUCGUAAAUUCAUAAUAGAAUCCAUCGAAUUAACUGAUGAUCAAAAAACACAACUUAGACGUCUUAUGUGUGGACUAGAACUAGAGAUUAAAAAUGCUGAUGCUAUUAAUUUAAACCACAAGAAUACGUGA